AUGGCGAGUGAAGAGUCGACAAGAUCGAUCAGUCCCGACGUAAAUCUUUCAGAUGGUUCGGCAAGCAAAGACGAAACCAUGACUACUUCUCAGACUGGCGAGAGCAGUCUUUUAUUAGAACAUCCACUGAAGGAACGAUGGACGUAUUGGUAUUUAAAUGAUCAGAGGGAAAAGAAUUGGGAGAAGCGAUUGAAAAAACAAUCAUUCGGUUCUUAUAUUUUAAUAUGCAUAAUCGGAAUAAUUUUGAAUGAAAUAUUGUCNCCGUCAAUGUUACAUAACUCUUGUGAUUAUAAUGUUUUCAAAGAGAAUAUUCAGCCGAUGUGGGAGGUGCCAGAGAAUGCAAACGGUGGUCGUUGGCUUAUCACUAUUGAUAAGUCGCGCCAUCAAGAUCUGUUAGAUGUGAUAUGGCUUGAAGUUUUAUUGGCCGUGAUUGGAGGUCAGUUCGGGAAGUAUACAGAAGAUAUUUGUGGAAUCGUUGUGAAUAUUAGAAAUAAAGGUUCAAAGAUCAGUAUAUGGACAACUAAUGCAAAUAAUGAUGACUCAAAUCGUAAAAUUGGAGAGAUUCUGAAACAAAAAUUAGUAAAUCCCGAUAUUGAUUCGAAAAUCACUCGACCUUUAUUUGAUGUAUUGCGUUAUGAGGACCAUCAAGAGGUGCAAAACAAGAGUUCGAGCAGUGUGCGAGCAAAAUUUACAAUUUUAUCACAAGACUGA